AUGUCCGCCACUGCUGGUGACGACAAUCGUGCAUCCUCCGCAGAUCCUGAAGACGACAACCCCUCUUCGGAGCUCGCCGACGCGCUGGAAAGAGGCAAAAUUGACAAGGACGGGCCCCUUGAGCGGUUUCGACGCGCCGCUCGGUUUGUUGUUCGCCACAGCAACCCAUUCGUCCACUUCACGCCGGUUCUUGAGCAAGGCCUCCGCGAGGAUGGGUUAUGUGAGGCCGACGAAGAGGAGGAGGAUGAGGAGGAUGAAGAGCUCGAUGAAGCGGCACGCGAGCGGAUCCAACGAUGCAAAGACGAGAACCGUGCCGCCUGGGCGAUCCUCAAGAAACGAGUCUGGUCAUUCUCCACGGACAUGGCACAGAUGGGUGGCAGCUUCCGUUCCAAGCUGGACAACGGCACUAUCUCCAUCUCGGGAGAGGAGUUCCUCGUGUUCUAUUACCCUCAUGGCGAAUUUAAACCCGACGAUCUCGACCACAUGCUCCUACGCUCCCCCUUCAUCAUCGCAUUCUGCCGCCAUAUUUUCACUGGCCCGACAUCCGCUGUCAACGACGACGACAAUGGCACCCUAUCUGGCAAAGCAUUGUCCAAGCGAUGCCACGCUGAGAACGAUGGCAUGAAGGAGGUUGGCGUCACACCAGAGAACAUUGCUUAUACCGUCGUUCAGUGUGUCCAUUUCCUCUCAGCAUCAAACAACUGGAAUGAAGUCUAUUCAAAUCUCGACAAGCAAAUCAUUUUCCGAACCAUUCUUGACAUUUUCACCAAUGCCGGGAAGGAUUCCAGAUGGUACAAGGAUACCAUUGCUUGGUAUAACCAGUAA